GGAAAGCAAAAGUUAAGCCAAAAGUAAGAAACAGAGAAAGUCAAGAAAGAAAAUGCGCUUUUUCAAAAAUAGACUUGCAGAUUUUGUUCCAGAGAAGCCAGUCUCUGUAGAUAAAUCGAAAUGGCAUGACAAUGCAAUUGCUAUUGUGAAAACAAUUUUGGAAAGGAUGCCUCCAGACCCUAGUACAUGUUCUGGAGGAUUGUAUGUCGGUAACUCUGGGGUAGGUUAUAUGCUGUAUUACCUAGCCACACAAGAAUCUUUUCAGAGUGAUAGACAAGAAUACCUAGAGCAGGCUUUGAUGUAUGCUAAAGUGAACAUGGACUAUAUUAGGAGGGGAGGAAUGAGGAGUGACCCCCCAUCCUCCUUCAUUCUGGGACAGGCAGGUGUGCUGGUGCUCUGUAGUUUGUUGUACAAGACCAUAGGAGACGAACAGAAUUCAGAUCGAUAUAUUGCUCAAUAUGCACAACUUGCUGAGCACUGCAAGAAGAUAGAUAUCUUUGGAAGGAAUGGUUCAGAUGAGCUGUUUGUUGGACGGGCUGGGUACCUGUGUGGUGUUUUGACACUCCGACAGAAAACAGGUAAACAGGUCAUAGGAGAUGAUGUUUUAACUGCUCUUUGGAGAACAAUUGUUGCUUCUGGAAGGAAGGGGGCAGAUAAACAACGAUCAAGUCCUAAGUCAGCCCUGAUGUAUUCGUACUACAACACAGAAUAUUUAGGAGCUGCCCAUGGUUUGUCGUCCAUUCUACAAAUGCUCCUAAGCUUCCCAGAAAUUUUGAAGUCUGAUCCCGCUGCUGAACAGGAUAUCCAUAAAUCUGUGGAUUUCAUGUUAAGUCUGGAGCAGAAUGGUAACUACCCUCCUGCCAUGGAUGAAGUGGGACCUCAUCACAGACGUCCAGAGGACCAGGAACUUGUUCACUGGUGUCACGGAGCUCCAGGUGUGGUUUACCUCUUUGCUCGAGCUUACAAAGUGUGGGGAGACCAGAGGUACCUAGAUGCCUGUUUACGAUGUGGGGAGGUCACUUGGACUAAAGGUCUGCUAAAGAAGGGCCCAGGAAUUUGUCAUGGAGUAGCGGGUAGUGGCUACGUGUUUCUCCUUCUUUAUCGUUUGACAGGUGACUAUAAACAUCUCCAUCGAGCUCAGCAGUUCGCUGAAUUUCUGUUUACUGAUGAGUUCCAGCGGGGAGCCAGAGUGCCAGAUACUCCAUUUAGUUUGUAUGAAGGAUAUGCUGGGACUGUUUGUUUUCUUGCAGACCUGAUACAUCCUGAUAAAGCUGAAUUCCCCUUCUUCAAUGUCAUCUUUUGAACCUUUUUAUAGAUAACUGUUUCCUUUCCUUACCCAAAGAACAGAAGUGAAUGACAUAUUGCCAUUUCUUAAGACAAUACUAUAUGUGCAUGUAUAUGUAUUAUACUAUGUAAGAUGUUUUAUUUUCCCGCAGUUAAAGAUUGCCCAUGGAAUCUCAUCCCACAGACAUACAAUAAGAAAUCCAGUCUUGUAGCUAGAUUAAUUCAAGCAAUGUAAUGCAGCUAUGGGAAAUUUCGUACGCGUUAUGUUUGUGUUAUUUUACAGUGUUGUUGUUAUAAUAUUUUAAAAAAUUAAACUUCAAACACAUUUUUUGGGGUUAAGAAUUGCACAAUUUGAGUCCGUUUACUGAUAGCAUGCACAUAGAGGCUGCUGUGGCAUAUUUUGUCACCCAGCACAUACUAGUAGAAUCACCUGCAUAUUCCAUAUAUAUUUAGCCUACAUGCCUUGAUACAGUGUAUCUGUGAAUUUCUGUGUUGGCAUGCUUCUUUAAUUUUGAAUAAAUGUACUUUCACAGUUGUAAGAUAAUAAAUACAAAACAUAAAUGCAGAAUUAAAUAUAGGCCCAUGGGCCACAAUGCUCACCUGAGUCACUAUGGCCUUGCUGUUCUA